UUCAUUUUAAUCUGUCAAACUCUGCGCUUGCUAUCCAUCCGCUAUAAUCGUCUUUACCUAGUGUAAUAAUUGUAUAAUAUUCAACGAUUUGCUGAUAAAAGUGACCAGGAGUAGAGCUAAAUAAUGAACACCGAAGAGGAAGAGCAACAGCCUACGAGAUGUAACUGUGAGCAGCGUACGCUUGCCGCAAGACUGCUUUUACAGCAGAUCGAACGUCUCUUUCAACUUCCCGGAUGUGAACAAGUGAAUCGUACAAUGGUGCCAGCCGUAACAGCUAACCCUGCGCCUAGGAACUACUACACUCAGGAAUCAAUUUUACCCUAUCUGAGUAAAAUUAAACAAUUCCGUCACGAUAUGGAUGAGCCGGUCCCGUUUGCCGAAUACCACGCUAAGUACAGAACACUGCUCGAGGGCAACGCUACGCUGAAAAACCGUGUCUUGCAACAGCGGGGCGUAUUAGAAUACGAGAAAUAUCUCAGCUCCCGUUCGCAAAUCCCGUUUGCCGAAUGGUACGCUGAGUACAAACAACUGUUUGAGUGUGAAGCGCAACAGCUGAGCAACAGUGCCAAGGUGGAUUUGCUCAUGAAAAAACUGGGCCCUGUAGAGUUGAAGAAAUAUCAAAGCUUCAUCUUGCCACGAAAACCGCAUGAUAUAGAUUUUGCAACCACCGUCAACAACUUAAAGAUUCUAUUCCGAUCCGGGCAGACAAAGCUAAACAAAUGGACCGAGUGUCUGGAGCUGGCGAAAGCCCCUGCGGAGGAUCUUACCACCUUUGUGGAGCGGGUGAAUAAAACGACCAAAAAAGCUGAGCUAUCUCCACUGUCGGGGGAACAAUUCAAGUGUCUUAUGUUCGUGCGUGGCCUCAAGUGCAAAGGGGACGAAAGGCUGCGCACACGGCUGAUGGCUAUGAUGGAAGAGCGCGAAGAUGUCACCCUGGCACAGCUUACGGAGGAGUGCGGGAAGCUUAUGGACAUUCAAAGCACUAGUGCUGUAAUUCGAGGACAGCAGCGAAAUGGCAGCCAAGCCAGUGGGCAACGACACGACAUUAAACGUAUGCGCCAUGACAAUUGAUUCUUGUAGGCUAUGUCGAACGGGAGGCAAGGGCGUAGCAAUAUAUACCUAGUGGCGGGGUGUUUUAGUAUCGCAGCAACAACAGGUCUUCAGCGUGGCACAGAGUAAGGAACAAUCACUCUGCAAAACAACAAAUUCACUAAUAGAGCAAUUACUCAACGUUUCAAGAAGAAGAUAUAGGAAAUGAUGCCUUAACAAUGCAACCACACAUCAACACCAACUGACGGAUCAGGAAGCUUAACAACGAUAUGCAUUGAUGCUGAUCAAGUCCUGGCCACCUCUCGAUGCUAGAACAACGCAGUAACACCUGCUGACGGAUCAUGAAGCUCCACUCAAUCCUGAUCCCGCCCUGAACAUCUUCAUCAGUUUGUUUUAGCAACAACAUCUACGCCAAAGACACUGCAUCCUACUCGAACCCCUCCGCAGUGGAUAUCAGCUUACCGAUAUGUGCAGUGAAGGUGCCUUGUAGUAAGUAGUUGUAGAAGCACCAUGCAGAGGUUGCCUCGUCCUUUAUCUGUUCACAUAUGUGCUUAGCCGACCGAUUCGAGCUCUUAAUUUAUAACUGAACUAUCAUUACUAUCUAUUAUUAUUGCAAAGGUAGCGAUCAUUCGCCAUGCAUCCAAUUGCUCAUCAAUUUAAAAUAAAUGUUAUCCAUGUUCUAUAAUAACGGUCUAUAUAUAGGGCACGUGCUGCUAUUUCAAAGAUCCUUCAAGAACACCAAUAAUGUUCGAGAUAA